AGCCCUGCCGGGAUGGAGCGGGCGGCGGGCGAGGGCCGGCCCCUGCUGCCGGCGGCGGGGGGCUCCGCCGCGCUCUCCUCGCCCGGGCUCUCCUCCGCCGGCGCCGUCUUCAUCCUGCUCAAGUCUGCGCUGGGCGCGGGGCUGCUGAGCUUCCCCUGGGCCUUCGGCAGGGCCGGCGGGGCCGUUCCCGCCCUCCUGGUGGAGCUGGUAAGGGCGGACUCGGGGCGGGGGACGCGGGGGCGAUGGGCUGCGGCAGCCCCAGAGGGAGCCGAGGGGCGCCGGUCCGGGGAGGGAGCGGAGGGAGCGGACGCACCUGCUCCGGUGCUCGGGGAGCUGGCGGGCACCCCCUCCGUACGGCACCCCCGUCCCGACCCCCGACACGUCCUUAGGUUGGUGUUGCGGUGCCUCCUGAGGGAUGCUCCUUGCAGCUGAAGCCACGCUUGUAGCUCAACUCAAAGUAAAUGGGUGCCUGCUCCCGUACAUGUCCCCAGACCCCAAAUCUAAACCCGAAGUACAACAUACGGCUGUAUCUCCAUCCUUUUGCUGACCUUUGUUACCCAGGCCCACAGGGUGAUCUGGCCAGUAGCCUGGUCCCUGUCCGUGGGCCUGCUGUGUCCUGUCCUGCUCUGGGGGUGAUGGAGGGUCGGUGCUUUUGCUGGCUGUGUCCCUGCAGGGCUCGCUGGUGUUCCUGGUGAGUGGGCUGGCAGUGCUGGGCUAUGCCGCGGCCCUCAGCGCCCAGCCCACCUACCAGGGUGUGGUGCGGGCUGUGUGCGGCGCGGCCGUCGGGAAGCUCUGUGAGGUCUGCUUCCUCCUCAACCUCUUCAUGAUCUCCGUGGCCCUCCUCAGGGUGGUGGGCGACCAGCUGGAGAAACUGUGUGACUCCCUGUACCCCAAUGGGACGCUGAGUGGGGCUCCUCAGCUGCCCCCCUGGUACGUGGACCAGCGCUUCACCCUCUCAGCUCUCUGUGUCCUCGUCAUCUUCCCACUCUCUGUCCCCAGGGAGAUCGGCUUCCAGAAGUACUCCAGCAUCCUGGGCACGCUGGCUGCCUGCUACCUCACUCUGGUCGUCAUCCUGAAAUACUACCUGCAGGCAGAGAGCCUGCGUUUGACUGAGCCGCCCCAGACCUCCAGGUCCUCAUCCUGGACCUCCAUCUUCAGUGUCAUUCCCACCAUCUGCUUUGGCUUCCAGUGCCACGAGGCAUGUGUGGCCAUCUACAGCAGCAUGCGCAACCAGAGCUUCUCCCACUGGGUCACCGUCGCUGUGCUCUCCAUGCUCAUUUGCCUGCUCAUCUACUCCCUCACUGGUAACCCUAGCACCAAACCCUUCACUCCUCCUUGCCCCGGGGGUCCCCUCUCCCCUUGGUUCAUCCAUCCUCCUCAGAAUUCCUCUGUCCUGCUCACUGCACAGCUGCCCACCCCCACCUCCCUGUCAGCAGGGCUCUAUGGCUACCUGACCUUUGGUGAGGCCGUGGCGUCCGAUGUCCUGAUGUCCUACCCAGGGAAUGACCCGCUUGUCAUCGUCGCCCGCCUGCUCUUUGGCGUCUCCAUUGUCACCAUUUACCCCAUUGUGGUGCUGCUGGGCAGAUCCGUGGUGAAGGACUUGUGGGCAGCCCCGAAGCGCGGGGCCUUGGCAGUGCCUGGGGCACACGAGCGGCGGAGCCGGGUGGCACUGACGGUCACCUGGAUGGCUGCCACGCUGGGCAUCGCCCUGUUCGUCCCCGACAUCGGCAAAGUCAUCGAGCUCAUCGGGGGCAUCAGCGCCUUCUUCAUCUUCAUCUUCCCAGUGGACACGGGGGCUGCUGGGCUUUCUGCCAUCGACUGGGAGCAAGGCAGAGCAGCAGGGCAGAGGAGACCCUGCAGAGAGCUCCGCAGCCAGAGGCGCUGGGGCACAGGGGUGGCCCGUAACUGGGGUCAGCUCUACCCCGGCAGCCUCUGCUCGUGUCGCUGCAGGGCUGCUCUCAUCGCCUGGGGCGUUCUCUCCGUUCUCGGCGGUGCCUUCGUCUGCGGGCAGAGCGCUGCCCUGGCCGUGCUGGGGCUGCUGCGCUGAGGGAGCACAGAGCCCCGUGGUGACCCCACCGUGACCCCCCCAGCGUCCUGCCCCGGACAGAUCCCCGAACACAGCCGCACCACUGGAUCCCAUGGCGGUUUUAUUUGGCAUCGCCGUCCCUGUUGUACAGUGGCUAAUAAAGACAGGAGAGGGUAUUGGCAAAGGUCCUGUGCCACACACCCUGAGGGACCCCCACGCACGGCAGGGUGGGUGUGGGAUUGGCACAGACAGACAGACACACAGACAAAGUACAGACCCCAGGAAGGAGGGGAGGCAGCCACCCUCACGCCUACAAGGCACCAGCUGCAACUGUGCACAUGCAAAGGAAACCCCUGGGCACCCCCCCACAGCUGGAAAGGACUAAGGGGCACCUUGGGAGAAGGGAAACCCC